AUGGCUUCCAAGAAGGACAUGCGCCGCGCCGACCUCAUCGUGCCCUAUGCCGAGCCAGAGAAGGGCAAGGAUGACAAUGACAUGGCAAGCACGCUCUCGAGCACACUGCCCAUGGCUGCCAUCUUCACGCGAAACAAAAUGAUCGGCUGGGUUGCUGUAGUAUUCGCUAUCCAGUCGUGGCUCGCUGAGACACCCGAGCAGAAAAGAACAUCGUCUACACCCGCCUACUUCCAGGUGGGCAUGUCCAUCAUGUCGCUUCUAGUUUCACACCCCAACAACCCCCCACCUACACGCGCGCUCACCGACUGUCGUAUGUCCAUCGAGAACCUUAAGACCUUCGACCCGUUCGCGGAAGCGGAUGAAGAUACCGGCCAGGUCAAGCAGACUCAGCAGGACUACAUUCAUAUUCGUAUCCAACAGCGCAAUGGCCGCAAGACCCUGACGACCGUCCAAGGUCUUCCUAAGAAGUUUGACCAGAAGAAGAUCCUCAAGGUGAUCAAAAAGAAGUUUGCCUGCAAUGGCACCAUCGUAAGCGAUGCCGAGAUGGGCGAAGUCGUCCAGCUCCAAGGCGAUCAGCGCAAAGACGUCCAGGACUUCUUGACCGACAAGAAGGAGGGACUCGGUCUCGAUGCUAAGACGAUCAAGGUCCACGGUUUCUAG